UUAAAAUAGAGGUCUCCCGUAUACUGGUAUUGCGCUCAGAGAGAGGAAUUCAGGGUCUAUGCUCUAUAAAAACUUGCCAACGCAAAUUACACUCUAUCCCGUUCCAAAUAAGUUCGUUUCUCAAUGUCACGCAUAACAAAAACAGGCAUAAAAGCGCGUCAAGUCAAACUGCGCUCUAUCCCGUUUUAAAAAGGUUCAUUUUAGAAUGUUGGUAAUAAAUUUUGGCGGGAACUCUCGAUGGCUGCCAUGUUUGUUUUCACGUCAUUCCGCCUAGCGGUACCGCUGCGCGCGCACGAUGCACGAUUGCACGGAACCCAUAAAAAGGGGAACGCGAAAUAUCGUGAUGUCGAUUUUAAAAACAAAGUAAUGUGAAACGCGGUGAUGGAACGUUUGUGUUGCUUUAAAACAAUGCGUUCUUGAUAAACAAAGAUCGUGUUCUUUAGUGAGAGACUUAAAAAAUGUGUAGUGAUGUAAACAUGUGUGGAAAUCGAUAUUUUUGAUAAGUUUUAAGGCGGAAUUUUAACAGUUCUCGUGCAGAUGUUUUGAAUUCGGAUUCCGAAAUAGCUGACCCGAUUAACGCCAACGCGUGAUGUUAUAGCGAAGCCCUAUUAUAAAACUGACACUGAAAAUGAUGUGGCCGUCUUCAACAGCGAGCAAAGUGCUCACUUUGCUCCUACUAGUGACUUUUAUAUACUGUAUUUAUAUGGACACAUUCCUGUUUCUACGCAUACAGAAUUAUAGGCUAGAUAUUUUUGGAAAUGUACCGGAAAACGGCAGUGAGAGCUCCACGUUUAAGUCUAUAUUGAAGGACACGGAUUAUGAGGAUGUUCUAUGGGUUCCAUGCAGUAUUAAUCCGUUAUGUCACCCAACGGUCAAAGCGUUGAUGAUAGAUCACAUAAACCAUUAUAUCUACGGACCUUUUUGUUCUAUAGUCGACAUAGCGCUUGGGAUCUCAGAACGCUGGCUAUUCCUGACUCCGAACAUGAUUUCUUUUUUCCACGUUUUCGUGGCUUUGAUUGGAGCUAAACUUUUAACCUGCCAGAGUUUAACUGCACGACGAUUCGCAGUUGUUUUAUUCCAAAUUCGAAUGUUUUUAGACGACCUUGACGGUCAUGUAGCUAGAGAAAGAAAGCAUAUAAAAGGAGAGCGAACUGAGGUUGGGACUGCUGGUUUUUGGAUCGACGGAAUCUGUGAUUUAUUAGGAGUUAUCGCUAUGAUGAUCGGUAUAUUCGUGUUCCUCAAAAAUAAUCCACCUAGAAGAGGUUAUAGAGACACUCCUGUAAGCACAUUGCCUUACCACCAGUUAAAAGAAAUAAACACAAGCGAAGAUUUAGAAAAGGAUCAUACGGCGGAGAUCGGAAUUUCAUAUAAAACAAAAGUGACUUUUCAAAGGAUAAUUCAAGUUCUAGGACUAUUCUCCGGUCAAAUGCUGCUAUCAUCGCUCGCUUGGAACCGUUAUAUAGACAUUUAUCAAGAACUAUUAGAGAACAACGCUGAAUAUGACUUGAUAAGACGAGAAACUAUGUUCAGAUCUGGUUUGUUCUUCUUUGCAACAAGUCUAUGGCGGAUUGUGAACCCCCAUAGCUAUCUACAUCUUUUGUCUUUAGCUGUUUUCUGUGAUAAAACUUGGCCUUUUCUAAAAGUGGUACACUACAGUGGCUACGUUUGUCUGGUGAUAGCUGUGGGUACGUCAGAAUACUUGGUCGAUACCAUACAGUCUUUUGUGCUCAAUGGAGCAGAUUCGUUAUGAUUCAUUAGUAUUUAAUGUUAACGUGAUUGCCAAAUAAUUAAGGUUAGUUAAGAUUUCUGUCCUCUGAUCUAUAAGAUCUAUUAAAUAUCAUAUUUG